CUCAUACCAAACCAACUGAAAACCCACAACCAACUUCAAUUUCACCCCUUUUCUUUCAGACAGUCUUUCUAUUUUCUAACAUCAUCCCACAAAAAGCCAUAAAUUAACGAUGAGCGUGGAGCUUCUCGACGGCAACACCAUCGUCAACUUUGUUGGCGACGAGGAAGCCUUCACUGUCUCGGUUCACGAGCUAUUCGUGAACCUGGACAGUGAUCACGAUGGCCAGCUCUCUUAUUCGGAGAUGCUGAAGGAGCUGCAGAGUUUGAGGGUCUUCGAGACCCAUUUUGGCAUCGACGAGAGUAUGAGCCCCAGCGAUCUGGCUAGUGAGUACGAGUCUCUGUUCACAAAGUUCGAUCAUGACUCGAACGGGAAGGUGGAUCUCGAGGAGUUCAAGGCCGAGACGAGGCAGAUGAUGCUGGCGAUGGCGAGCGGGAUGGGGUUCUUGCCGGUACAGAUGGUGCUUGAAGAGGACAGCCUAUUGAAGAAAGCCGUGGAGUGGGAGACUGCUAUGCUUCCUGCUUAAGAAUGGUCGCUUUGCCAAACUAAUAUCCAAAUUUAAGCCCCGUGGUUAGCUUUAAUGUGUUAAUUUCUGCAGCAGUUUUCGUUUUUGUGGUUUUGGUAUAUGGACAUUUCGGAUUAAUAAUAAAACCUAACACUACAUGUUAACUUUGCUUGGUAUGGUAUUGAUUUGUGGAUUCCAAAUCAAUAGUGGUUUUGAUU